AUGAGUUUAGAACGUGGCCCAAGUGAUCUCUCGCGGUCAAGAGGUGCGACAAUACCAACACCACCACCACCACCAUCACAAAGUUUGAACGACGAAUAUAAGAGUCAAACUACCAUUCGUGCAACAACCAAUCCAUCCAACAAAACUAUCCCAACUAACUCUGAUCCCAACCACGCACAUACUGAUGAUUCGGAAAUAUUAGAAAAGAAGACACUAAAUCGAAAAAACUUCAAACACUUGUCCCUAUCAUCACCAAUGACUCAAAACGAGGUCAAGCAUGAUGAACUGUAUUUGAUACGAGAGCCAACAUCAAUGAAGAGGAGGCAACGACCGGCACCAAUUCUCGGUCUAGCGAACACAUCACUGUCUUUGCAACAGCCAGAGGAUACCCUGAAGCGCCCAAUCAUGGCUCAACAAGCAACUGCACCUGCAAUUUUGGCCGAUUCGCGGUCGCGAAAAUCUCCGCUGCUGAAUGCCGUUAUAACACAAACCCUUAGUAGGCCUAAUAGUGCUGGACUUGCAAAUUAUGAUUUCAACGGUAGCAAUAGAAAUAUGGAUCCUGAAACCGAAGCUUCAACAGCAAUGCUCAUAAAUCAAAUGUCUCAAUUAGAAUUGAAAACAAGACCGGAUUCCCAACGCAGUAAGUCAACACCCAAUGAUACGUUUGGACGAAAACGGCAGACUGUUAUAUCUUCCAUCUCCCCUACAAAGAUGUCUGGCCAGCAAGUCGAGUCGAAAGUUCAACUUGUUGACACAUUGAGUGAAACGCAAUCACCAAUUGCAACCACGAGUAAAAUCAAGCUACGCAACAAGGACUUGUUGACUUUGAAGCAAUUGGGUCUGGGGAACUCGGGCUCUGUAUCCAAAGUCUUGCAUAUCCCAUCACAAAAAACCAUGGCAAAAAAGAUAAUCCAUGUUGAUCUGAAGAGUGUUAUUCAAACGCAGAUUAUUCGAGAGUUACGCAUACUACAUGAAUGUCAAUCUCCGUACAUUAUUGAAUUCUAUGGUGCCUUUUUGAACAGUAACAACACUAUUGUAAUAUGCAUGGAAUAUUGCAACUGUGGGUCAUUGGAUAAGAUUUUACCAUUUUGCGGAAAUCGACAGUUUCCUCUUUAUGUGUUGAAGAAGCUAUCAUUUGCCAUUUUGUCAGGGUUAUCAUAUCUUUACAAUAAGCACAAGAUCAUUCAUCGUGAUAUCAAACCCAAUAAUGUUUUGAUGACACAUCGAGGUGAAUUCAAAUUGUGUGAUUUCGGCGUGUCUCGAGAACUUACCAACUCACUAGCAAUGGCGGACACAUUUGUGGGAACCUCAAUGUACAUGUCCCCGGAAAGAAUACAGGGUUUAAACUAUGGUGUCAAGUCUGACGUUUGGUCAAUGGGACUAAUGUUGAUUGAAUUGGCUAGUGGCCUUCCGGUUUGGACCGAUGACGAUGACGAUGACGAAAACGGAAAUAGUGCUUACAACAGCUUGAAAAGUGAUACUAGCAACAACUCGUUCAAAGGUCCAGAAGGUAUAUUGGAUCUUUUACAACGGAUAGUGAAUGAAAAACCACCAACUUUGAAAAACAAAAUCAAUCCAGUGACAAAAUCACGAUACGAUCCACUACUUUGUGAAUUUAUCGAUUCUUGUUUAAUCAAGAACGAUUCAGAGAGGAAAACACCUUGGCAGUUGUUGGAGGAUAAACAGGGUUUCUUACAUGGUGUUGCAGAGGGUGUUUAUGAUCAGAAACAUAAAGCCUGGGCUAAACAAAUUCGAAAGCUUAACAAGGAAGCUAACGAAGCUGAAAAGUGA